AGUAAUUACCAGUUGGAGGGGACGUUCACAAGAGGAUGUUUUUUCCCAGUCGUACAUGGCAAAUACAACCUUUCCACUUGGUUAUGAACGUAGCAUUAGGCUACAACUUCUGUCAUCGCACUGUUCAAUGAUUCUGCUUUUUCGGUCGGUGAGGAAAUAUUAGGGUGAAAGGUUAGGCAACGUUAUAACUCCAAUGCCAGUAACAAAGCCCACAGUUCCCUUCCGGACACUGCGACAGAUCGGUUACUAUACCCAAUCCUGAGAUCCACCGACAAGCCAACUUUCUCCAGCAGAUUUGGGCGAGCCUGAACUGAAACAGGAGACGCGCAAGCACGUACCAAACGAUCUACUGUUUUUGACCAGAGGAGCAGAGCACCAUGGUUGUGUCCAAGGCCUGGACGUUACGCCAGCACUUCCAGGGUUUCCCCAAGGCUAGUGACUUCCAUCUGAGGGAGGAGACGCUGCCGCUACCCAAGAAUGGACAGGUGCUGUUGGAGGCUGUGUUCCUCAGUGUGGACCCUUACAUGAGACCCUACAGCCAGACGAUGAUGAAGGAGGGAGACGUUAUGAUUGGAUCACAAGUUGCCAAGGUGAUCCAGAGCUAUAACCCCAGCUUCCCGGUGGGCUGCCAUGUGGUCAGUGAUUGUGGAUGGAGGAGUCACUGGGUGUGUGAUGGGGCAGAGCUGACCCCUGUGCUUCCUGACUGGCCCCAGGACAUCCCCCUCUCCCUGGCCCUGGGGGCCAUCGGCAUGCCUGGUCUGACAGCUCUGUAUGGACUAGAGGAGGUGUGUGAGAUAAAGAAGGGGGAGACUCUUCUGGUGAACGCUGCAGCAGGAGCCGUGGGCUCAGUGGUGGGACAGAUCGCCAAGAUCAAGGGCUGCAGAGUGGUGGGCUGUGCGGGGACAGAUAGCAAGGUGUCCUAUCUAAAGGAGCUGGGUUUUGACCAGGUCUUCAACUACAAGACUGCCACCUCUCUGGAGGAAUCACUCAGGGAGGCCGCGCCACACGGAUACGACUGCUACUUUGAGAACGUUGGUGGGAAGUUCUCCAGUGUAGUGAUGCCUCAGAUGAGAGAGUAUGGCAGAAUAGCUGUGUGUGGAAGCAUCUCCAUGUACAACGACACCACACCACAGACAGGGCCGUAUGUACACACCCAUAUGAUCUUCAAGCAGCUGAGGAUGGAGGGCUUCCUGUGUGCUCGCUGGAAACACAAACACCAGCAGUCACUGAGGAGGCUGAUGGCCUGGAUGACUGAGGGCAAGCUGAGAUGCAAUGAACACAUCACCAUUGGUUUCAACAACAUGCCUGCUGCCUUCAUGGGCAUGCUACAGGGAGACAACACCGGCAAGGCUGUGGUCAAGGUGUGAUGACGUCACAAUCAACAUUACACUCCUCCAGAACAUCUGGCGAAAGCAUUCCAGAACACUCAACUUCAUACACUCCAGGUUCUAGAACCAGAAUCUGUUUCACCUUAACAUUCCAAUAUCCUUCAUGAAAAUCACUCAAGUGUUCUGUUCCAUGUUUAUUCAUAGACACGUUCAACAGACAGCUAGACAGGUUUUGAUCCAGUGUAAUUCAACAGAGAGCUAGACAGGUUUGGUCCAGUAUAAUUCAACAGACAGCCAGACAGGUUUGGUCCAGUGUAAUUCAACAGACAGCCAGACAGGUUUGGUCCAGUGUAAUUCAACAGACAGCCAGACAGGUUUGGUCCAGUGUAAUUCAACAGACAGCCAGACAGGUUUGGUCCAGUGUAAUUCAACAGACAGCCAGACAGGUUUGGUCCAGUGUAAUGCUAUUAACUAAAUAAACAUGUCUUCACAAUAUAAUGUUUAUAA